AUGGGGAAGAGAAGAGGCGUCUCCGCCGUGAACGUGGCUUUCGGGUGGCUGAGACAGCAAUCGAACAAGGUUAAGAUAGCUUUAGGUAUAAUCCUGUCUCUGAUCCUCGUCGUCCUUCUCAAAUUCACCGUUAAGAAUCACAACCACUUUUUUGUCGCCUCCGAGCUCAUCCAUGCCGCCGGAAUCUUAAUCCUCAUCUACAAACUCACCCGACAAAAGACUUGCUCCGGUCUGUCUUUAAGGUCUCAAGAAGUGACAGCAAUAUUUCUAGCUGUGAGAUUGAUCUGCAGCAUAAGCAUGGAAGGUGAUAUACAUACAGUUCUCGAUUUCGCCACCUUCGUUUCUACUCUAUGGGUUAUUUAUAUGAUUCGAGUCAAGCUCAUAUCUUCUUAUGUCAAGACUCUUGACAAUUGCCACAACUACUAUGUGCUUGUACCAUCUGCUAUCCUUGCAUUGCUUAUCAACCCGCAUACGAGUUAUUCUUACAUCACACGUGUCAUGUGGGCGUUUUGCGUUUACUUGGAAUCUGUCUCUGUUCUGCCUCAGCUUCGGUUGAUGCAGAAUGCCCAGAUCAUAGAGCCUUUCGCAGCUCAUUACGUGUUUGCACUGGGAGUCGCUAGAUUCUUGGCAUGCGCUCAUUGGCUUAUCCAGGUCUUUGAGACUAGUGGACAUUACUUGUGGCUGAUGGGGGCUGGUUACUUUUGGUUCCCUGUGGCUCUAGUAGCCGAGAUUGUACAAACAUUCAUCCUUGCCGACUUCUGUUACUACUAUGCCAAAAGUGUUAUGGAGGGUCAGCUCGUACUGAAGAUGCCGGUUUAG